CACUGUGACAGGAGAAACUCUUAUUUAUUGCUCCGCGUUAGUUUUGCCCCGAUCAAGCAGCCAACAACAAGAAGGAGCUAUUCGUCAGAACUAAGUAGCUGAAAUUUAUUUUCUGAAGAGCGGCCUCCAUGAUGUCAAGGUUGGUUGCCGUGUUCUGUGUUCUUGUCAACGGCGUGAAUCUCGCGAGAGCCACGUGCAGUUUCCCAGAGACUCUUCUCACAGACAAUUGGCAAGGGCAUUACAUACCAAGUGCAAGUCAAGGAAAUAAAGUACUUCAAGCAAAUUUUACAACUGAUCAGAUGGACGUUCAGCUCCGUUCUUCUGUUGUUUGUUCGCGGCGUUGUAUAAGCGCUAUUGGCGAUGUGUCCAAUAGUUAUGUGAACGGACAAACCUACGUCGUGAGAGAAACUUGUGGAUCCGAUGCCGUGACAUUCCGCUGUGUUCAUUUUCUGAACCGUAGCACGACUGUUAUACAACUGAAAUCUUCCAAAUUUCCGUUGCAAAAUCUUCCGCUGAACACUGAAGGGUUUUGCACAGACGACAAUCUUGGGAUCGAGUCAUGGCCACUCGCUCGUCCCCUUCGAGAUGAGACAGAGUUUGAAGACUGUCCUCUAACUGGAGGCUUUGAAAUGACCCUUGGGACCAACACGAAAUACUUGUUGCCUAAUUUCCCCCGCGAUGUGUGCUCUCCCCUCGCCCUAGACGGUAGCUGCCUUCCAGGGGAGAAGUUAUCUUUUGAUUUCAAAGACAGGUUCUGCGUCCCGGCAAAAGUUCGUUUAACUUGGAAAAGCAGUUUGCAAGGGAGUUGCACGGCCUCUUGGCAAGAUGGUAAUUACACGCUGAUGCUGUUUGCAGCGGAGGGACAAUACAAAACUAUAUCUCGCUACACGUUACGUUUUCCAGCAAAUAAUAGAAACAUUAUGAACGCGACGCUCUUUGCAUCUCCAGCACUUGGGUCACCGGAACCGGAAGAUUCGGGGCUUGACGUCGGUGCACCUGCAGUUGAACUUCAUUUAAAGCGGCCAGAAUUGCGAGGUUGGUCGGACCUUUGUCAGGACAACCAGGAUGACUGUGACUGGGCAAUAUGUGACGGACGCUACGGACCCUAUGGUCACCGUUGUUUGAGGUCCUGUGGUCACUGCAAUGACACUUAUAACAGAAUUGCUACACGGUGUGAGUUCCCGUCGAACUACAGUGGCUCAUGGAGAACUGCCUCCAACAGCGUUUUCACUGUGAUAAGUGGGACGAUAGUUGUCCCAGAAUACGGCGACAUGACUUGUAUAGACUUUCAGUCUCCCGAUCUACCAAACCGUUUUGUCGUUCUGUCAAUGCCGAAUAACGGUUGCCGACCGAGGUACAAAUGUCUUGAUCUCGAAAAAACCGACGGGAAACUGAGGUGGCGGAUUAACAACGGGUUCGAACCAUGGCCUGGAUACGGCGUGAGACUGCCCUCGUUCACGUCGGUAUGUAACGAGACUUUACGAGAUUGGACCGAGUGGGAGACGUUAAGUCGAGGAAUUCAAGUUACCCCUUCUAUCUUAAUUCUCGUGUUAUUUGUAUUGGCGGAACUUUUCCAAGCAAUCUUUUAA